CGUGUCAAGGUCAGCGCAUGCGCAGCCCCUCACACCCCCUUCGCGGCUUCGCCGUGUUUCUCAUUUAGAGACGAGAGAGGCACAGACAGCUGUGAGUCGGGGGGCGUGACCUGAGAACUCAAAACUCCGAACAGAGCCUAACGCAGUCUCACCAGCAUGUGGCGGAGACUUCUUUCUUCCCACCUAAAAACCCUUGCCACUUCCACCGCCUCCGCCUCGGCCCGAUCCACUGCGUUACCCGCCCGAGCCAUCAUUUCUCCAUCCGCCUCCCACUUCAGUCUCCGCUGCUUCAGUGUCGACUCCGCGGAGGGUGCUGUGAAGAAGAAAGUUGAAGAUGUAAUGCCGAUAGCGACCGGGCACGAGCGUGAGGAGCUUGAAGCUGAGCUUCAGGGAAGGAAAGUUCUUGAUAUUGACCAUCCAGUUGGUCCUUUCGGCACAAAGGAAGCUCCUUCAAUUAUCAAGUCCUAUUAUGACAAGAGAAUAGUUGGAUGCCCAGGAGGUGAAGGGGAGGAUGAACAUGAUGUUGUCUGGUUUUGGCUGGAGAAAGGUAAACCACAUGAAUGUCCAGUGUGCUCACAGUAUUUUGAGCUGGAAGUGGUUGGACCUGGAGGACCUCCGGAUGGACAUGGUGACGAUGAUCAUCAUCACUAAUUGCAGCCCUUCAAUGCGGCGACGAGACAAUUUCUGGUAUACGCAGCUUUCAGAAUUCAAAAGCCUCCGAGUUUUGUUUUUUUUUUCUUGGUAUUCGGUUCUUUUGACUGUUGCUUUUACUCAGUUUUAAAUUAAAAUAUUUGCUGUGGUAGUACAGGCAGGCUAGUCAUCUGUUGGAACUAUGGAUCUUGGUAGGAUAUCUGUUGUGAAUUGCCAAAUAAUCGAUGGCUACAACUUGAUUCAAUUUUUUU